AUGUCUUGUCGCUCCUACAGAGUCACCUCUGGUCGCCGGGUGGGCAACUUCAGCUCUUGCUCAGUAGUGACCCCCCAGAACCAUUUCCAGGCCAGCUCUGUCUCCUGCAGGAGUAGGUCUGGCUUCCGGGGUCUGGGUGGCUUUGGUAGUCGGAGUGUCGUCAACUUUGGAUCUUGCUCACCCCGGAUAGCAGCUGUGGGCCCUCGUCCCCUCCACUGCGGUGUUGGCUUUGGUGCUGGCAGUGGGGUGGCCUUCGGCAGUGGUGUUGGUCUGGGGUUUAGAGCUGGCAGCAGUGUUGGUCUGGGAUUUGGAGCCAGCAGUGGCCUUGGUUAUGGCUUUGGUGGCCCUGGCUUUGGCUACAGAGUUGGAGUUGGUGUCGGAGGUCCAGCACCCCCAUCUAUCACAGCUGUGACUGUUAACCAGAGCCUGCUGACCCCGCUCAACUUGGAGAUUGACCCCAAUGCCCAGAGGGUGAAGAAGGAUGAGAAAGAGCAAAUCAAGACCCUCAACAACAAGUUUGCCUCCUUCAUUGACAAGGUGAGGUUUCUGGAGCAACAGAACAAACUGCUAGAGACCAAGUGGAGCUUCCUCCAAGAACAGAAAUGUGCCAGGAGCAACCUGGAGCCUCUUUUUGAGAACUACAUCACCAACCUGAGAAGGCAGCUGGACAUACUGGUCAGUGACCAGGCCCGGCUGCAGGCUGAGAAGAACCACAUGCAAGACAUCCUUGAGGGCUUCAAGAAGAAGUAUGAAGAGGAGGUGGGAUUCCGAGCCAAUGCUGAGAAUGAGUUUGUGGCUCUGAAGAAGGAUGUAGAUACAGCUUUCUUGAAUAAAUCUGAUCUGGAAGCCAACGUGGAUAUGCUAACUCAGGAAAUUGACUUCCUGAAAGCCUUGUACUUGGAGGAAAUCCAAUUGCUGCAAUCACACAUCUCAGAAACAUCAGUCAUUGUGAAGAUGGACAACAGCCGAGACCUGAACCUGGAUGGGAUCAUUGCUGAGGUCAAGGCGCAGUAUGAGGAGGUGGCCAGGCGCAGCCGUGCUGAAGCUGAGGCCUGGUACCAGACCAAGUAUGAGGAGAUGCGGGUGACCGCGGGCCAGCAUUGUGACAACUUACGUAACACGCGGGAUGAAAUCAAUGGGCUGACUCGGCUGAUUCAGAGGCUGAAGGGAGAGAUUGAGCACGCCAAAGCUCAGCGAGCCAAGCUGGAGGCUGCCGUGGCUGAGGCUGAGCAGCAGGGCGAGGUGGCCCUCAACGACGCCAAGUGCAAGCUGGCAGACCUGGAGGGUGCCCUGCAGCAAGCCAAGCAGGACAUGGCACGGCAAUUACGGGAGUACCAGGAGCUCAUGAACGCCAAGCUGGGCCUGGAUAUCGAGAUCGCCACCUAUAGGCGACUGCUGGAGGGCGAGGAGAUCCGGAUCUGCGAAGGUGUUGGACCAGUAAACAUAUCUGUGAGCAGCUCCCGGGGAGGUGUGGUGUGUGGGCCUGAGCCAUUGUUCUCCAGCUCCACCCUCUCCCGUGGUGUCACCUUCUCGGGUGGUGGCAGCAGCAUCCACACCAGCAGAGGGGUCCUGACUUCUGGCAGCUCGAGCCUGGGUGGAGCCCGAGGUGGCUCCGUGAUUGUGGAUGAGGCCUGUGUUCCCAGUGUCCCCCGCCCGCUGCCCACCGAGGGUGGCUUCAGCAGCUGCAGCGGUGGCCGGGGCAGCCGCAGCUCUAGCAUCCGCUUCUCGUCCACCACCACCACCUGCCGGACCCGGCACUGA